AAACAUAACUAAAAUAUUAUUAUUAAUUUAUAAGAUAAGAAGUGAAAUUCAUGUGACUUACUAAUACCGCAAAUUAAAAAAGAUUACUCGGUCGAGAGUAGUAUAUAAGGGGUCCCGUCGAUUCAACGCAAUAUGUGCGCCCAGUCUCUGCUGUCUUCACAGAUAAGAAAAUACACAGAAACCAACCCCUUCUCUCUCUCUCUCUCUCUCUCUCUCUCUCUCUAAAUCUCGUGCUACCCUCUUUCCUCUUAAGGCCAAACGCCCACCUUCAGCGCCCCAAACCACGCCCCUUUUCAGCUCUCAACCCAGGUCCAGAACCUUCUUCCUAGUUCUCCGCCAAGCAGAGCUCCGCCAAGAUGUCGUGGCAGACCUACGUCGAUGACCAUCUCAUGUGCGAAAUCGAGGGCAACCACCUUUCCGCCGCAGCCAUCAUCGGCCACGACGGCAGCGUCUGGGCCCAGAGCGCCACCUUCCCUCAGUUCAAGCCUGAGGAAAUUACUGGUAUCAUGAAUGACUUCAAUGAGCCUGGUACCCUUGCACCCACUGGGUUGUACCUUGGAGGCACAAAGUACAUGGUGAUUCAAGGCGAGCCUGGAGCGGUCAUUCGAGGGAAGAAGGGAGCUGGAGGAGUGACGGUGAAGAAGACCAGUCUGGCAUUGGUCAUCGGCAUCUAUGACGAGCCAAUGUCUCCAGGGCAGUGCAACAUUAUAGUGGAAAGGCUCGGGGAUUAUCUCAUCGAUCAGGGUCUUUAAAUCACCUUCUUUCAUUCUCUUUGUUAUUUAUAUCCAUCCUCCGGGCAUCUAAUACGAAACUGUCCGACAUUAUUAAGUAGCUUAAGAUGAAGUGGAUCACUGUGUGAAAAGGAAAAAAAAGAAUGGGAGUUUGAUUGAUGUUUACUUUGGAUCUUGAUGGAUUUCUGUUCCUUUGUACUAUUUUGAUGAUGGUAUUGUCAUGAUGAUUGUCUAAAUUACAUUUGGGGUUUGCGAAUCAAAUGACGGGAUCGGUUUUUGAUUGUCAGUGUUGUAUUGGUUCGGUAUGGCUUCGUGCGCUUGUGUUUGGCAUAUUUCUGAAGCGAAUCCGGCGGAGAUAAUGGAGGUAGUUUCUGUCUGGAGACUUGGACUUGGACGUGAUACCCAAAUCGCAGGCUCCGUCGGUCGGCGUUUGGACGGUGGGGUAAAAGCAAAGACUUUUCAGAAUGUCUAUUCUUUUACGUUAUCGUCAGUCGCAGCGACGCACGGUGGGGUGGAUUGUCUUACAAGUAACGCCCCAUCUUCCUAGUGACUAGGAAUGGCAAUGGGGUAGGUCCCGGCCGGGUUUCUCAGUACCCAGACCCGCCUAUAGCAGGUCGGGUAAUUUAUCACGGGUCAUGAGUCGGGGCAGGGCGACCCAAUAGGUAUGCAAUUUGUAUGAAAAAGAUUAGAAAUUUUCGUUAUUGUUAUUAUAAGACCUAGAAAACAAACAAUAUUAUGAUAAAUAUAGUUAAAUUAG